AUGGCGCACACGAUAUUACUGGUACAGCCGGGUUCUAAUCCAGAAACCAGGACCUACACGGAUUACGAGUCCUUUAACGAGUGCUUGGAGGGAGUGUGUAAGAUAUACGAGAAGCACUUAAAAAGGCGCAAUCCGAAUACCCCAACGAUUAGCUACGAUUUAUCGCAAUUGUUUGACUUCAUAGACCAGCUUGCGGAUUUAAGUUGCUUGGUGUAUCAAAAGUCUGUUAACGCUUAUGCUCCCUACAAUAAGGAUUGGAUAAAAGAGAAGAUUUAUAUAUUGAUGAGGCAAGCGGCUGGCGCCCCAGCAGUUUAG